AAAAACAAAAGUCUUGUUCCAUACUUCCAUUAAUCAAAAUUAAACACCAGCCGAAAUAACAAAUUUGCCCCAAUUCGCACUCUAAUCAAACACAAAUCAACAAAGAAAAGUCAAAAUUGACGCCUCCUUCCCUUAUCUAUAUAAAUCCGUACUCCCAAAAUUCUGCGCACACACAUAUAUAGUAAUUAACAAUCCCUCUCCCUCUCUCCCCCUCUCUCUCUCUCUCUCUAUCUUAAAGAAAAAGCCAUGAGUUCCCUCAGCUGCUCUGAGCAGCUGGCGCCGCUCUUCGGCCCCAACGCCACGAACGCCGUCGCCGCCGCGCAAUACAUCUGCGGCCAGUUCGACACCGUCUCCGACAACUUCGCGAACACCGGCUUCGCCAUCGACACUACGUACCUCCUCUUCUCCGCCUACCUCGUCUUCUCCAUGCAGCUCGGCUUCGCCAUGCUCUGCGCCGGCUCCGUCCGCGCCAAGAACACCAUGAACAUCAUGCUCACCAACGUCCUCGACGCCGCCGCCGGUGGCCUCUUCUACUACCUCUUCGGCUUCGCCUUUGCCUUCGGCGCCCCAUCCAACGGCUUCAUCGGCCGCCACUUCUUCGGCCUCAAAGACGUCCCCACCGACGCCUUCGACUACAGCAACUUCCUCUACCAGUGGGCCUUCGCCAUCGCCGCCGCCGGCAUCACCUCCGGCUCCAUCGCCGAACGCACCCAAUUCGUGGCCUAUCUAAUCUACUCCUCCUUCCUGACCGGGUUCGUUUACCCGGUCGUCUCACACUGGUUCUGGUCCGGAGACGGUUGGGCCAGCCCGACCAACACGGGUAACUUAUUAUUCGGAACCGGAGUCAUCGACUUCGCCGGGUCGGGCGUGGUUCAUAUGGUAGGCGGUAUUGCCGGUCUAUGGGGAGCUUUAAUAGAAGGCCCGAGAAUCGGCCGGUUCGACCAUUCCGGCCGGGCCGUGGCCCUCCGCGGCCACAGCGCUUCUCUAGUAGUUUUAGGAACCUUCCUUUUAUGGUUUGGGUGGUACGGGUUCAAUCCCGGUUCAUUCAACAAAAUCCUAAUCCCCUACGCUACUAAAAGCUACUACGGCCAGUGGUCCGCCGUGGGGAGAACGGCGGUUACCACCACUCUAGCCGGCUGCACGGCGGCUCUGACGACUCUAUUCGGAAAACGGAUCCUCUCCGGCCACUGGAACGUGACGGACGUCUGCAACGGGCUUUUAGGCGGAUUCGCGGCGAUCACGGCAGGCUGCUCGGUGGUGGAGCCGUGGGCGGCGGUGGUGUGCGGAUUCGUGGCGGCGCUGGUGCUGAUCGGUUGCAAUAUGCUGGCGGAGCGGCUCAAAUUCGACGAUCCGCUCGAGGCGGCUCAGCUGCACGGCGGCUGCGGCGCGUGGGGGGUGAUCUUCACGGCGCUGUUCGCGACGGAGAAGUACGUGAACGAGGUGUACUCGGGCAAGCCGGGGCGGCCGUACGGGCUGUUCAUGGGCGGCGGCGGGCGGCUGCUGGCGGCGCAUUUGAUCCAGAUCCUGGUUGUGGCCGGGUGGGUCAGCGUCACCAUGGGCCCUUUGUUCUACAUUUUGCAUCGGCUUAAGCUGCUCCGGAUCUCCAAGGAGGAUGAGCUAGCGGGUAUGGAUCUGACCCGGCAUGGUGGCUUUGCUUACGUGUACGAAGAUGACUCGCAUAAGCAAGGGAUUCAAAUGAGGAGAGUAGAGCCAAGUCCUAACUCCAACCAAAUUUAGAAAAAAAAUUGUGUGAAGGGUUUAAUCUCUAUUUUAUUUUUAAUUUUUUUAGAUGAGGGAAAUUCGAGAGUGUGUAGUAUUGGACAAAAUGCAAAUCCUCCUAUUUUAGUGUAUUAAUUACUUCAAUGAUAUGCAUAUUUCUGUUAUAUGUGCUAUUUGUGUAAGCAUAAAAAAUAUUUGGUAGUGUGUAAAGAAUUUGAAAGAAAUGUGGAAUGGUAAAUAUUUGGAUUGAGUUUGA